AUGGCCAAGCAAUCAUCUGCUCUGAGUUCUAUGCCACUGAAUAUCCUUGGAAUAAUUCUCGAGAAUCUGCAACUGGUGGAUAUCAAGAAUACCAGGCUGUCCUGCAGGUAUCUUGCUAUUAUUGGUCCCCGUUUCAAGACCUUCGUCGCCCAUCAGACCACAGAUCUCAGCACCGAAAGUCUAAACAAGCUUCGGGAGCUGGCAUCACAUCCCCAGCUGCGCUCAGCUGUGGAGACAAUGGUUGUGAUGGCUACGGCUUUUGACACCUCAGAGCUUGACCGUAUGGUUAAAACCAAGAGACGUCGGAUCGUGGAGGUGAACGGGCCCUUUACUUCCAUGACAGAACCAGCACUUACAGAUGAUGAACUUGCUCAAGCCGAAUCAGAUCUAGUAUGGAUGCACGCUCAACAGAUCCAUCAGCGCACUCAGACGAUACCUGAAAGUAUUGAUGCUUUGGCCGCGGUCUUACGCCUAUUUGGGACCUUAGACAUGAUCGACCUGGACGCAUGCGUUACAAAAGGCCGUUAUCUGCAGGUCUCUGCUGCUCAGGCUGGAGAGUGGCAUCCAGUAUUCAUCCGUGCAUCCGAAGUUUACCAGAUCACGACGUCUGCAAUUGCACAAAGUGAGCUGUCGCUGAAAACGCUACUCGUAUACCGCGAAACGCCCCGGUGCAGUGUUCCAUCUUUCGACGUGACCUCCCACAUGGCAAAACUCGAGGCUUCACUCGGCUUCAGAUCGGCUUUUAAUUCAGUCGAGAACUUUGCACUCAGCUUCUCUACCAGGGUUCAAACUGAUCUCUCGAAGAUUGAAGCAGCAAGGGACGGACUCGAGGGUGCAGAUGCAGCGUACCACAAUUUGAUGGGAUCUGACGCUGGUCAAUACUCAAACGAGAAUGUCGAAGCCACUAUGGAAGAUAACUUUCCUGGUGUGGCCCGCAUGCUCGGCCAUAUGCCCCGACUCGACGCGUUUGAUCUUCACAUGACUAACACGCUGCGCGGCACAUCCGCUGUCUAUCACAAAGUUAUGGACCAUAUCGCGAAUGAGGUGAAACUGCCUUUGUUGACACAGGUCUUCUUCCGCGGUCUGCCUGCAUCUGAGCAGUCGUUGGCGAAAUUUAUCGAUAACCAUCAAACAAUCUCAGAUCUCACUAUCGACGAAAUGAAUCUGACAUCUGGAAGUUGGGAGCGUGUAAUCAAACACAUUGCUCAAUUACCAAACCUGUCGAAAUUACGUCUGUCCAACCUCUUCAACGAACGAGGCGUGUUCAACUUACUGUCAAAAGACCGCAGGGAUGAUGAAUCACCAUGUAAAAGACCAGGUGAUUCGUACCGCUGCUUACGAGGUGUGAAGCGCCACACUCGUGCUUUCGGGCCUGCAGAAAUUCAACGACUCAAGAAUGGUCCAGAGUUUGAUAAUACAGAUACUGGUCGUGGUUUGGGCUCUCCUGAGUUGAUGCGUUGGAUGAAAAUGAGAGAGUUCGAAUACAGGAUCUGA